AUGUCAUGGUUGUCUAAAGUGUCAGAUAUUGCGGGAGCGGCGGAGAACUUGCUUAAUAAGCUUGAUGAAAAGACCGGAGAUGCCAUCCAACAAGCACGCGACACCAAUAAGCCGCGCACCCGUCAGGGAAGCGCCGCCAGUAUCCCAGCCACCGUGAUUUCCAUGCCAGAACAUGUGAUAACCGAAGAUUUCGGGCGGCCGGCUCCAUCUAUACCGUCUAGGGCUCAAAGUGAUUAUACCGGAGCUGGUUGGCGGGGAAGAGGCUUUGAGCAAGGCAGCUCAUCUCAACAGCCCGGCGGUGGCGCAGCGGCUUCUGAAAGCUGGACGAUGGUUUUGAAUUCGAAAGAAGUGAAGUCGGCUCAGCGGGAAGAUGAUAUGAGAAGUGUUGGAGGAAGAAGUGUGGCAAGCAUGAGAACUACAUCUGAAUUCGCCGGCACCGAUUCGAGUCCAAACUUCAAAUCGCAGCUAUUCGCCAAGGAUUCACAAAUCUCGGUUUUAAAGACAAAACUCGCUGAUAGUGAGCGAAAAUUGGAGAAACGAAGUCAGGAUUACUAUGAGAUGAAGGCGGAAAAGGAGAUGUUGGAGAAACGAGUGGAGAAUCAGAAAGUGUCGAGUCAGGAGAUGGAUAGUCUGCAGGAAUUGAAAUUGGCGAGACAAAAAGCCCAGGACCAAAAAGACAAAGCCGUUGAGGAGUGCAACCUUCAUAAGCGCAAAAUCGUCGGGCUCGAGGAAGAAAUCCGAGCGAUGGUUGAGCAAUUGAGAUUAGCGAAAUUCAAUUUGAACGAGAAUAAAAAGGAGUUUGACGAGUACAAGAAUAAGGCGCAGAAGAUUCUGACGGCCAAGGAGAAGUUGGUGGAGUCGUUGAAGUCGGAGCAAGGAAUCGGCUCCAGCGACCGACCGGUCCAUCUUCUGCAAGCCGAAGUUGAGGAGAUCCGAGUGGAACGAGAUUUGACAAAAGCGGAUCUAGAAUCCGCACAACUUCAAGUUUAUACGCUCCGGUCGGAUAUGGAAGAGCUGGAAGCGCAUAUAAGAGAUCUCCAAUCGCAGCUAUCCGACCAAAAACGAACGCAUCUCGAGGAGAAACAGACGUGGGACAGUACGAUAGGCCUUCUGAAUGAGAAAGUGGAAUGUUCGAGAAUCGAGAACGAAUUCACGAAACAAGAAAUGAAGAGGCUAGGAGAUCAGCAUCAGGCGAAACUAGUCGAAAAGGAGAAUGAGCUGCGGAAGGUAAUGAGUGAGAUGAGAGCACGAAUGAGGGAUGAGCAAUCGAAACAGGAGGAUGAUGGAACGACGACACAGUUGUCGGAUAUGUUGCUACAGAAGCAGCAGCAGUUGGAGGAUGUGUUGAGGACGAAUCAAGUGUUGAAUGUUCGGUUGGAACGACUUCAAAAAGCCACCAACCGUGAGACGUCUAUCCCAAUCGACAACCCCAACUCCUCCCCAAUGCACACCUCCUCUUCCCAUCCACUUUUAUCGAAUAUCAAUCAUCCGCAAACGCGAAACGCCCUUCAAACAGUCGACUCAACCGCCUUCAAACUGCUCUCAAUGCUCCGUGGCCAUCCGUCGGCUCGUCUUUUCUUCGUCUUGUAUUUUAUCAUGAUGCACUUGUGGUUAUUCUUCAUUGUUCUCACUUAUACACCCGAAAUUCAUUGA